UCUGGCAAGACUGCGGGCACCGAGUCGUCUGGCAAGGCUGCGGGCACCGAGUCGUCUGGCAAGACUGCGGGCACCGAGUCGUCUGGCAAGACUGCGGGCACCGAGUCGUCUGGCGGACAGCGGGCACCGAGUCAACUGGCAAGACUGCGGGCACCGAGUCGUCUGGCAAGACUGCGGGGCACCGAGUCGUCUGGCAAGACUGCGGGGCACCGAGUCGUCUGGCAAGACAGCGGGCACCGAGUCGUCUGGCAACACAGCGGGCACCGAGUCGUCUGGCAAGACUGCGGGCACCGAGUCAACUGGCACGACAGCGGGCACCGAGUCAUCAGGUAUCGGAUUAGAGGCAUCAGGCUGAGUAGAGGC